AGAUAUGUGACAACGGGCAACAAUAGCUUCUAGAAAGUUUGCUUACUUUGAGUUAAAAAAUUUUCUUUUAUAGAAGUUUUAAGUUACACUCUCUCAGUCAGUCUCCUGAAUUAUAUACAAAGAGGGCGCUAGCUAGAUUUCAGCCAUCUUGUAAUGAUUUUAUCUGUAUCCGUGGUUGGUGGUCAACGCUACAAGAUUUGUUAGAAACCGAGCUAGAUCAUUCGAACUUGCUAGCGUAGCGGCAGAGGAAGUUCGGAAAACUUAUUUUUGUUUUUUGAAAUGGCCAAUUUACCUCGUCGAAUAAUUAAAGAGACCCAGAGAUUAAUGGCAGAGCCUGUUCCUGGAAUUAGUGCAACUCCCGAUGAGAGUAAUGCCAGAUAUUUUCAUGUAGUUGUUGCUGGACCAGAAGGAUCACCAUUUGAAGGAGGAGUUUUUAAGUUGGAACUAUUUCUUCCUGAGGAAUACCCAAUGUCAGCUCCUAAAGUCCGAUUUAUGACAAAAAUCUACCAUCCCAACAUAGACAAAUUAGGAAGAAUCUGUUUAGAUAUACUUAAAGACAAGUGGAGUCCAGCUUUACAAAUACGAACAGUUCUACUAUCCAUUCAAGCAUUACUAAGUGCCCCAAAUCCUGAUGAUCCAUUGGCCAAUGAUGUAGCUGAACAAUGGAAAAUUAAUGAAGCAGAAGCAAUCAGAACUGCUCGAGAAUGGACACGACUGUAUGCCCAAAGCGCCUGAGGACUUGAUCUCAAGUUAGGAAUAGUUUAACAUAAUUGGAAGCAAGCAUAGGUGAAGAUCAUCUUCUUUCCACCAGAAACACUUAUACAACAUUCACCUUAGGAACAUAAUGAAUAAUAAUGAAUUUUCACUCUUGAUUUUGAAUGUUAAUAGCUACUCUGUACCACUUGGUUGCUUAAUUUUUUUUCUUUAAGGUUAAUGUUGAUACCGGUAUGUAUAUAUGUGAGCCUCAGCUUUGCUUCAAACACACUGUGUUCAUCACAGUAUUAAAAUGACUGAAGUUUAAUUAGUUCUUGAUAAUUGUCUUUUCUCAAAAAUAAUUCAAAUGUUGGGUUUUUCAGCAGAGUAAGUAAUUACAUAGAAAUAUGAUUAUUGUAAAAGUGUGGCUCUUGCUUUUCAUUACUUUUUAUUCAGUAGACUUUAAAAGAGGUUGAAAGAGACAAAAUACAGUGUCACACUAUAGUACAAGAUAGGAUUUUAAGAAAAACCUGAAAGAAGAAACCCAAUAUACAUUUUUUAAAGAGACAAAAUAAUUUGCCUGAGCUUUUUUCUUGUGGUUCCUUUACCAAAUCAAAGCAUGUAGAUCAGAUGUCAGCCAUCAUCAUCAUAGAUUUUCUUUCUUCAAUUCAUCUUUGAAUCAUGUAUAUUGUAAACGAUUUCACUGAUUAAAUUUUUAUUGUUUAAUUGUGCUCUAUUUUUUUAUUGCCUGUCUGUACCAAAUGCCAUCCUAUAAAAAAAGACAAAAACGUUUUGAAAUGUAACUUAUUGUUAAGAAAUAAUUCCUUGGGUUUGACAUGAAAUAUCUGUAAAUAAGUAAUGUUCAAGUGUUCAAUCUUUUGGCAACUUUAAUAUCUUGGAAAGAAAGACUACUGUAGUUUUGUCAAAAUAUUUGCUUUCAUUACUGCAAUAAAAAUAUGCUAGAUGUCUGGUCAUCAUGCAUUGUUGUAUUAUA